GGUUGGUUAGAGAAAAUGAAGAAUUCUCUCGGCCUUUUGUUGCUGCUAGUCGCCAUCAUUCAUAUUGUUUGAGCUCAAGACCAACAAGGAUUCAUCAGUUUGGAUUGCGGGCUACCCGCGAAUGAACAGUCUCCUUAUGAAGAGAGUUUCACUGGACUGCGGUUCUCUUCAGAUGAAAAGUUCGUACGUAGUGGAAAAAACGGUCGAAUCCGAGAAAAUCCUGAGGGAUACGCGGAGCCAUACGAGACCCUGAGAUAUUUUCCUGAUGGAAUAAGGAACUGCUACAAUCUAAACGUUGAAAAGGGCAGGACACAUUUGAUUGUGGCUAGGUUUGUAUAUGGAAAUUAUGAUGGUUUUGACCUUAAGCCAAAGUUUGAUCUGUAUCUUGGACCUAAUCUAUGGGCCACGGUGGAUUUGCAAACAGAAGUUAAUGGUACAGCGGAAGCGAUCUUACACAUCCCAACAUCAAACUCGUUGCAGAUUUGUCUUAUUAAGACUGGGGAAACUAUACCGCUAAUAUCGGCAUUGGAAUUACGGCCAAUGGGAAAUGGUUCUUAUAUCACUAAGUCUGGUUCCUUGAAUCUUUUAUCCCGAAGAUAUCUUAGCAAGUCAGGAUCUGAUCUACGGUACAUGAAAGAUGUCUAUGAUCGCACAUGGGUAUCGUAUGGAGCCAGUUUUCAGACGGGCUGGACACAAAUUUACACCGCUCUUGAAGUGAACAAUUCCAACAAUUAUGCUCCACCAAAAGAUGCGCUAAAAAAUGCUGCCAUACCGACUAAUGCCAGUGCGCCAUUGACGAUUGAAUGGCCUUCAGGAAGUCCCAGGGACCAAUAUUACUUGUACGCACACUUUGCUGAGAUCCAAGACUUGCAGGCGAAACUUGACAUAACUACUGUCCAAAGUGUGACCCCGAAAACUUGUCAACAAGGGGAAUGUAGUUUGCAGCUAACAAGAACCAACAGAUCAACUCUUCCGCCUCUACUUAAUGCUUUGGAAAUCUAUGCAGUCAUCCAAUUUCCACAAUCCGAAACAAAUGACAUUGACGUGAUUGCUAUAAAAAACAUUGAGGCCGACUAUGGAUCGAGUAGAAUCAACUGGCAAGGCGAUCCAUGUGUCCCUCAACAUUUUAUCUGGGAUGGUUUAAAUUGCAGCAACACGGAUAUCUCCACACCACCAAGAAUCACUUCUUUAAACUUGUCUUCAAGUGGUUUAACUGGAAACAUAGCAGCUGCCAUUCAAAACCUUACGCAACUAGAAAAACUGGACUUGUCGAAUAAUAGCUUGACUGGAGGAGUGCCGGAGUUUCUAGGCAAAAUGAAAUCGUUGCUGGUCAUAAAUUUAAGUGGGAACAAUCUUAGUGGUUCAAUACCUCAAGCUCUUCAAAAGAAAGGACUAGAACUAUUUGUUGAAGGAAACCCAAGGCUCUGUCCCUCUGAUUCAUGUAGGAAACCACCUAAGAAAAAAGUUCUUGUGCCAAUUGUUGCAGCAGUUGCUUCUGCAGCCAUUGUCAUUGCUUUAUUGAUUCUUUUUCUUGUACUCAGAAAGAGAAAGUCAACUAUUGUAGAAGGUAUAAACCAGCCACCGAGGACGUCAAUGGAGGAAGUUACAUUUGCUAAUAAGAACAGGAGAAGGUUCACAUAUUCAGAGGUCCUCCAAAUGACAAAUAACUUCCAAAGAGUUUUAGGUAAAGGAGGGUUCGGUAUGGUGUAUCACGGUACUGUAAAUGGUCAUGAACAAGUGGCCGUUAAGGUACUCUCUCAAUCUUCAACUCAAGGCUAUAAGGAGUUCAAAGCAGAGGUUGAUCUUCUUCUGAGAGUUCACCAUACAAAUUUGGUGAGCCUCGUUGGGUAUUGCUAUGAAGGAGAUCACUUGGCUCUCAUCUAUGAGUUUCUUCCCAAUGGAGACUUAAAACAACAUUUGUCAGGAAAGGGAGGCAAAUCUAUCAUAAACUGGAGUAUUCGACUACGAAUAGCUUUGGAAGCAGCACUAGGAUUGGAGUAUUUACAUAUUGGAUGCAAACCGCCGAUGGUUCAUAGAGAUGUCAAAACUGCCAACAUAUUGCUGGACGAGAAUCUCAAGGCCAAACUUGCUGAUUUUGGGCUCUCAAGAUCUUUUCAAGGUGAAUGCGAAUCUCAAGAUGCAACCGCAAUUGCUGGUACUCCUGGAUACCUUGAUCCCGAAUAUUACCGUACAAAUAGGUUGGCUGAGAAGAGUGAUGUCUACAGUUUCGGGAUCGUGUUAUUGGAGAUGAUCACAAACCAACCUGUGAUUAAUCAAACCACUGAAAAUUCUCUGAUAACACAAUGGGUUGGCUUUCAGAUCAACCGAGGUGAUAUUCUUGAGAUUAUGGAUCCAAACCUUCGCAAGGAUUAUGACAUCAAUUCUGCUUGGAGAGCUCUUGAACUGGCAAUGUCAUGCGCAAAUCCUUCUUCCUCGAAACGACCAUCCAUGUCUCAGGUUAUUCACGAGCUAAAAGAGUGUAUUGUGUGUGAAAACACAGGGAUAAGUCAGAAUCGAAGCUUGGAAUCUCAAGAAAUGAACGUUAGCUUGGACGCUUCGGUGGUUCCCAUGGCAAGAUAGUUAUGAAUGUUGUCUACUUGUGGUACUAAUAAGGAAUCAAUACUUAACUAGUUACAUAUUAAACAAAAAUUUGUAAACUAGUUAAAGUAUUGAUUGAAGUGUGUAAUUGUGUAUGGUCUUAUAGAUAAACUGGGAGUCGACAAAUUUCAUUCUGCUUUCAUUGAUUAUUGACAAAUCCAGAUCAUAUUUUCUGCUCUUCUGGUUUCUACAUA